CUGAUAAUACUCCGAGACUCGCAGAGUGCGAGCUGACUGGAGGAGUGCCGUUUAACAAGCGCAUUACUCAAUUCAGUGCUAGUGCCUCGAGGAACGUUAUAAAGUUAAUUGUGUGGACUGAGUGUGAUCUGCUUUCCGCAUUGCAAGACCACUCGUUGCUGGGAUAGGAUGGAUGGCAACAUGUCGGAAUCAACUUUCUUCGAGGAAAAUGGCGUCAGAGUUUAUCACGCCCAAUCGUCCUUCGUUUCCGAAUCUUUCGACAGCGCUUCCUGCCUUUCUGAUGUCUUUGAAGACCUGGACUUGGAAUCUCCGCGGGUCGGAGGUCCGCUCUCUCAGCCACUCGCCAUGAUUCCCCCAACGAUGCACGGCCACGAAUUCAACCAACCCUUGUCGAGGGUGGUUAUGGUCCGCAAAACUGAUCAAAGGACCUUCAGCAAGGGGCGCAGAGGCGGCGAACCGAUGCUCGAAACUGUCACUCGGGAAACGAUCGAACUUUUUAACGGUGGUAGAGCUGAGAGGAAAUUCACCUCCGAGACCAAAGACGUCGCCACACCAAAAUCAACCAGCAUGCCUUCCCUCAGCGGAAGUGGAACGAAAAAGAAGGUUGUUGGCUUUGUUGACCAGUUGUCACCCGAAAGGUCACGAGCUGACUCAGUGCGAUCAAAGUCACCGCCAACGGCGUCACCGGCUUCACCAGGACCUCUGUCAGGCUCGUUUCACGGAAGUUUUCACGGCAGUCUUGGCAGCGAUGGAAUGUCCUGCAGCAGCGCGAGGUCCUCUUCGGCAUCCCCCGACUCGGCACGCUAUUCAUCAUCCCAAAUCAGCAAACCGGAGAUUACAAAGACUGACAGCCGUAAAACAUCUCUGCGCAGAUCGGGUCCAUCGAAGGAAUUCCUCGACGCUUGUCUCGAAGCCCACAACGUUUAUCGUGCCCGACACGGCGUUCCUCCUCUGCGAAUCAACAAACAGAUGUGUAAAUCGAGCCAGGACUGGGCGAACAUUCUGGCAGUUAAAGGCCGGCUAGAACACAGAACGAACAUCGACUACGGGGAAAAUUUAUUCUGCAUGUGGAGUUCAAAUCCAAAGAACAUUGUGAGCGGAGAGGAACCGGUUAACGAAUGGUACGCCGAAGAGGCGCAACAUCAAUACGGAAAGGAGCCAACGACCCUGAAGACGGGCCACUUCACGCAAGUCGUAUGGCGAGAUAGUUCAGAGCUGGGAAUCGGGAUGGCUCGUAAUCGUAACGGGGAGAUUUACGUCGUGUGCAAUUACAAUCCGGCUGGAAAUUUCUUGGGCAGUUUUACCGAGAACGUUUCACCCCCCGGUGGAGUUUGUUCACCGAGGAAACUUGGCACCGUUAACGCUCAAGUGAACCUCAUAAACGAGACGUCUUGGCAGCAGGAAGCGCUAUUGGUCCACAACGAGUAUCGUAGAAGACACAGAGUUCCUGACCUCAAGCUGAACUCUGAACUGACAGCUGCUGCUCGGGCCUGGGCGGAAACUCUCCUACAAACGAACAAACUGGUUCACCAAUCCACGUCACCGUACGGUGAAAAUAUUUACUCAAUGCACAGUUCGGACCCGAAACUCGUUGUCUCUGCGAGGGAGGUGGUUUCGAAGUGGUACUUGGAGAAAAAGGAUCACAAGUACGGAUCGGAGCCGAGAGUCCUCAACACGUGUCACUUCACACAAAUAGUAUGGCGCAACACGACGGACAUGGGAAUAGCAAUGGCUCGGAGGAAUGGUACCUGUGUUAUAGUGGCCUGCUAUCAUCCCCGGGGUAACAUCGUUGGCCAGUUCACCGAAAACGUGCUGAAGCCGAAGUGAAAAUUGAUAAGCGUUCCACGUUCCGCGUAGACCGAAAGGACGCAACUUGUUAAUAGUGUACCUAAGCCUGUAUUUAUAUAUAUUUAUAUAUAUAUAUUGUACGUAGAUGUUAUACACAUAUGCAUGUAAAGACCAUAUAUGAACAUAAUAAACAUUCCAUAC